UGAUGAAUUGUGACCUCACUCCACGCUCCAGCUAAUUUCUGAUGGAUAUAAAAAGGCCUUUCUCUUAAAAGGAAAAAGGCGAGGUGGGACAAGUCCAUUUUGCUUUUUCACUGAAGUGGGCUUGCUUACUUAUUUGGUUGCGUUACUGAUAUGCGACUCUGGUAGGGUGGGAAGGAAGUCGUCAGGACUAACCCUUGCAGUGCCUUCCCAGCUUUGACUAGAGGACUACACAAUUCCAAAGUAAUUUCAAAGAAAAUCUAUAAUCUAAAUUGUAUUUUUUUAUUUAGAGAGAAAUUUGUCGGAGAAGCAUAUCGGAUACCGUCAUCAUGUCUCCGAAGUCGGGGACAGCCGCCCUGGCUGGGAAGGCACCGCUCUCCAUGUCCUUCUUGGGGUCUGGGUUUCUCGCGGUUUACCAGCUGGGCGUGGUCCAGUGCCUGCUGGACGUGGCUCCGGGGGUGGUGGAGGGGGCGCCCGAAGUGUUCGGGGCAUCAGCUGGCUCCUUGGCUGCGGCAGCCGUCGUUUGCGGGACAAAUAUGGGUCACGCGCGGGACGAGAUGAUAAAGUUCGCCCAGGGCCUGCGGAGACGCGCUGGGGGGCCGCUGCACCCCUCCGCCGACGUGUUCCGGGGGAUCGAGCGCGUUCUGCGCCGCCUCAUCCCGGAGAACGCGCACCUGCGGGCCGGCGGCCGCCUUCACGUCGCCGUGAUGCGCGUCCCCGACGGCAAGGCUGUUCUGAUCUCUCGCUUCCAGUCCAGGGAAGACCUGAUCCAGGCGCUGUUGUGCAGUUGCUUUCUUCCCUUGUACUGUGGAUUGACGCCACCCCGUUUCAAGGGAGACUACUACAUGGACGGAGGCUUCACCAGCAUCCAGCCCGUGCACAACCGCCACAGAAUCCUGUCGGUGUCGCCGUUUGCUGGCGACGUGGACAUCUGCCCCCGUGACCCCCCUCAAAGCCACUACGACCUGGUGGUGAGCGGGCUGGCCUUCCAGAUGACCACCCCCAACUUCCACCGGAUGAUAGACGCCCUCUUCCCCCCCGCGGGCUCUGUUCUUCAGAAGGCUUAUGCCAGUGGAUACCAGGAUGCUCAUUUCUUUUUGCAAAGAAGCGAUCUCAUAGAGUACCAGCCCUCUGUGAUGAACGGCCUGGCCCCAUCCUCUAAAGCGUGUUCUGGGAGAGUUGUGGAAUCUCAUAUGCUCCAAGAGGAAGAAGAGACGGAAAGAGAAGAGAAAGAAGAGGAGAAUAAUGGAGUGGAGGAGGAGGAGGAGGAGGAGGAGAGGGAGGUCCCGACCGCAGUCCCGCAGAAGAAGGCGGGGAUUUCGGGGUGUUGCUCCCCGAGUCCGGAGAGCUCGGGCUGGAGUCUGAGCUCCCUGGAGCAGGCCCUGUACCUGAGUCUACCAGGCUGGGUACAGACAGCCCUGCUAUGCAACCUCAUGGCCCAAAUCGGACUGCUGGGUUUCCACGACACCUUCCAAGCACAUCUGAUAUCGUAUCUACUCUUGCCCUACACACUGCCUGCUUGCAUCUUCUUUCACUUCACCUGCAGGCUGCUGCUCUGGCUAAGGCGCGUCCCAGAGGAUGUGUUCUGGCUGUGGCAGGACACAAAGCAGAUUGUGCUGUUUUUCAUCAGAACCACUGUGUCCAGCCUGAAGAAGAACCUGGAAGACAGGUACCUUCCCCCCGUUCGCCUGACCCCCGUGCUGGAGUUCCUGUCGGAGGGCGAGGUUUCCCCGAAGAUGGCCCGUGUAAGGCGGCGUUCCACCCUGAGGGUGCAGCUCUCCGGCGUGGGCUCCUCCGAAUCCCGCUCCCGCCCCUGCCCUGAAGCCCUGGGCUUCUCCUUCCAGCUGGACCUGGGGGUGGAGGUGGACAGCCAGCCCGACGUCCCCGCCCUCCCCCCCUGCCAGCAGCCACCGCCCCUGGGGUCCCCCCCCAGCUCCGAGGGAGAGGACGAGCCCGCCCCCACCCUCUCCACGUCCCAGGUAUCCCCUGGGGGAGGAGGGGAAGGAGAAGGAGAAACCAGCAUCCUGCAGCUGUCCAAGGACUAUAUGGAACAGCAAAUUACCUGAAGUUCCCUCUAGGGAAAAUAUGAAGAUUUUCUGUUCUAUUCAUUCCACUUCUGAACUAGCCUGUGAUUGAAAGGCUGUCUGAUAUAUUCCAGAUCGGGGCAGUUUGUGGGGUGGCAGUGUACCCAAAAAAAUAAGAAACAAAUCGGUGGACAGUGGCUGCACGCAAUGCUAUUAAGAACGGUAGGACAAACUAAUUAAGUUGAAGAUGUCACAUAUACUUAAUUGCAUGCAACAUGUCAAUA